AUUACCGUAUCCCUCAUGGCACAUUUUGUCAUUUCCACUUCCCCCAUUGACCGGUGCCCCACGUUAGCCGCGGAGGAUUUGUCUUCCCCCACCCCCACCCCCACCCCCGUCGUCGUCUCCGUCUCUGUCCCCUUCGAAACUUCAGCUCGUUUCACGGAGGCGCAAAACCCCGUAUCGUCAUCGGUGACGUCACUCUCCGCCAAUCAAGUCAAUAUGAAUACUUUGGGAACGGAAAUCAGUUUUGUAAUGGAGCCUCGUGAUGAAAGAGACCAUGCAAAAAGCAAUAAUGACAUUAUGGCCCGUCGUUUGAAGAACCGAGAACGUCAACGAAGAUACAGGGAACGAAAGCGUCUUGAAGCUGACAUGAAGAAGGCACCUACCAUAAACAGCUCAAAGCCACUGCACUUGGAGAUGCAUGUGAAUAGGAUUCCCAACAACUUUGUAACCAUUGUUCGUCGUCGGCGAGAUUGGAAAAAAGAUGCUAGAAGGGCCCAUGCUGUUAAGGAACAAGAAGUCAAAUUGAAUAAAGUUGUUGUUGCUGGUUUUACCUCAGCCAAUGAAAGCCAAUUAACCUUGUUGCCCUCUGGAUCUGAAGCAAACCAACCGAUACAAAGUGAAAGAAGAUUUACUCCUGGCAGAAGACAUUGGAAAGCAGAUGCAAGGAAUAAGAAAAACUGAAGUUGCUGCUCAAUUUAUUUUACGUGGGUAGGGUCAAUGUUUACAGAAAGAUGUAAAAAUAUCAACUGAUUGCAGACUAGAAAACAACUAAUUUGGUGUGAAGAUGCCCAAGGUGGUAAUCGUCGCUGAACUCAUGAUGCUUUGGGGAGUAUGGGGAAGCUUCGAGUACGAGAUGUUAGCAUUUCUAUUCUUUUGAUGACUUUCUACUUGCAUGUGUGGUUCAGAUAUGUGGAGGUGAUGAAGUCAACGACACGAGAAGUCAGAUCUGUGGUUGGGAACCAUUAGAGAAAAUAUGGUGUUGUAAGUUAUGACAUGGUGAUGCUAGUAGGAGUAUUGCACUUUCAUGCAUGUCUGAAAUCUCAACAUUCCUGAACUUAAUUCAAAAGCAGUGCUUCUGUGUUGUACAUUUGCAAACUUAAGCUACUGACAGGUUUGUAUGUACAUAAAUAUGUUAGAAAGUUGAUGAUUGACUGAUGAACUCUAUGACAUCUUUUUGCA